AUGCCGCCACGCGCCCGGAGCAGCUCCGGCUACCGCGGCGUCUGUGCCCGCCCCUCCGGCGUGUAUUACGUAGAUAUCCGCUCCGAUGAUACAUGCCUCGGCCUCGAGAUGUUCGAGACCGCCCACGAGGCCGUCCUCGCGUACGACGCGGCGGCGUGGCGCCUCAGGAGGCCACGAGCGCAGAUGAAUUUCUCAGACGCGCCAGCAGGCGCAGGACCUCGCGCCUCCGCCGCGGCUAAUCACGGCGGAGGACCGCCGCAUCCAGCGGAGGCGAGAGCACCGCCUCCUCAUCGCCGAGGCGGAUGA